AUAGUGAUGAUGGACGAUGACCUAAAUUUCAGUAUUAAUAAUAAAAUCCUACCAAUUAUAUGGUAAAAUGUGGUAUAGUUUAAAAAAUUAAAUAUACAGUAAAAAAUUGUCUCAAAUUCAAUGCCAACUCCCAAUGUCAAAUAUUAUGUGUCAGCUGUCAACGUCAAGUUCUAAUCAUGUCCCUAAUGCACUUUGAAGUUUGAUGUUUUGUCAUUUGUGUUAGUUUCAGUAUGAAGUGUUUAACGAAUAUCUAUUUUAAUUAUUUUUAAAUCAAAUGUUCCAAAAUUAAUGCGAUGAUCUCAUAAAUUUACACAUACACACCUAUAUACAGCGGGUAUUGAUUGAGAAAAGUGGUAGUUACGUUGAUCAUCAGCAUAAAAUCUUAACUUCUCAAAGGUUUUAAUUAUUUUUAAAUCAAAUGUUCCAAAAUUAAUGCGAUGAUCUCAUUAAUUUUCACAUACACACCUAUAUUCAGCGGGAAUUGAUUGUGAAAAGUGGAAGUUACGUUGAUCACCAGCUUAAUAUCUUAACUUCUCAAAGAUGCAGCAAUCACCUUUUGAAAAUAUUUUUAAUAUUAUUGGUUUAUCUGAAAGCAACGAAAAACCUAUGAAACACGGUUUUUACAAUGCCUUUGCUUUAUUUGUUUUGGCUAUAUGCUGUGCAGCUAUAUAUGUUCUCUUUCUUAUAUUAGAGCCCUUUUUUAAACCUUUAUUUUGGGCUCUUCUUGUCGGCUCCUUGCUGCAUCCAUUUAAAUAUAAAUUGUCUAAGAAAAUAAAGACCUGGUUUGAAAAUCUUGAGAAGACAAACUCUUCUGUAGUGGUAGGAUUAUUAGUUAUUCCUGUCAAUGCUGUGAAUUUUGCCUCUGAUUUUGUAGGCAAUCAGUUUAAAGAGCACUAUAAGUCUAUAAUAUGUCUUCUAUCAACAAUAUUUGUUCUGCCAUGGUUGUACAAUUCAAUUCCUAGGAGUUUAGGAUAUAUAUUUUGGCAAUUUAUAAACUUUGUAAGCGUUUCGACAACAGUUCUAAUUAGCCUGUGUACAUCUAAUUUUAUACUUACAAUAGCAAUAGCUUACACUAUAAGUGUCUACACAAUAUGGACUCCAGAAAGAGCAAGUAUUUUUCGAUGUACAUCACAUGUUCUAUGGAUGACAAUAACAUGCUACCUUGCAAGUUUAGCAGGAGACUACAAAGUUUAUAUGUUUAUAGUACUUCAGGCUUUUAUUGUGACUGGGUUUAUUCUGGAAGUUUUACAUUUUCAUAAGCAGAUGCUUUUAACAGAUCCAGAAGCAUCCAUUUUCUUAGCUAUUCAAGGAGUAAUAAUAAAUGCAUCUAUAGAAGACAAGAAACUAGAAGACACAAUUCCAGAAGUAGAUGAAAAAGAUUCAACAUCUGAAGACCUAUCCCCAAUAACUCCAGAUGUAAAAAGGGGCAGCUUCAGCAAUUUACAUAGUUCACCCCAACAUGCCAGAACGCUCUUCAAGACACGAACACUAUCAGCUCUUCCUUUAACAAAACCAACUGCCUUCGAAAAACGAAUUUCUUCAUUUAAACAAAAAUCACUUGAUGAAAACUACAUACGAAAUAAUUUUACAGAUGACGAAACAGCUUUGUACUUCAAGCUUUUGUUUUUUGGAUGUUUUUGUAUGUUGGUAUGGAAACAUAUAUGGCUUUUACCAAUAACACUGAUCUUUUUAGCCAUACAUGUCAUAAAGUAUUUACUUAAUUUCUUUGGGGUCUGGCUAUUCUUUGAACAUCACUACAAUAAUGUAAUGUUAAAAAUUAACUGCUGGUGGAAUAAUAGGCAAUCCGCAUUGAUUCCCGGUGAAAUACGCGGUAUACGUAAGAUGAUGUCAAUGUGCAACCGGACCUUUAUUGGAAUGGCAUACGAAUCAGUCGAUACAGUAUCUAGUUGUAUUGUCAUUAUAGGACUUAUUCUUUUUAUGAUAGUUGCUACCAUCUUCAUAUGUAUACAAAUAUAUUCAGAAGCAAUAGUGGUUAUACAAUUAAGUGGGAGUCUCCUUAAUAGUACAUUUGUACAAAAUAGUGUCAUUCACGCAUACCUACCUGAAGGUUGGGAGGAUAAACUUGAUUCACUUAUUGACAACGCCUAUACGUAUGGACGGGAGGGAAUAUCUACAGGGGUAAAAAGCAUCUUAAAAGAAGGGGAUCCUGAGAAGAUAGCAAGAGUAGAACAGCAAGUGUUAGAGAUCUGGGAUCGUGUGUACCAAAGUUGGGUGUCUGGACACUUUGCGGCAACUGUAGGACCACAGGUGGAUUCGUCUGCUGUUCAAGACUCCUGGGACAAUCUUGUCAGUAAUUUUACAGAGGCUCCAGGUUUAUUCGAGGGUAUUGCGAGCUGGGUCCAAGCGAAUGUGGGUACUUUAAGCGCUAUUGCGACUGGUAUAUGGUCGCCACUUGCGAGUAACGUGUCCCUACUUGCCGGUUCCAUUGGAGCCUUCACGUCUAUACUGUUUAGUGGGGGAGGCGCUAUUAUUAGUAUGAUUAUCAACUUGGUGGUAUUCUUCACAACGUUAUUCUAUCUUCUGGCUUCGAGUAAUGCAUUAUACAAACCAGUGGAAGUAAUUACUCAAAUACAACCUAACUUCGGGCCACGUCUCGGCAUCGCUCUUUCCGUUGCUAUAAAUCAGGUGUUCCGCGCUUCUUUCAAAAUGGCGUUGUUCUAUGGUUUAUGGACCUGGCUUGUUCAUAAUCUCUUUGGUGCCAAAGUAGUCUAUCUACCUUCUGUGUUAGCGGCUGUGUUAGGCGCAGCGCCAUUCCUCGGCCCAUAUUUGGCUGGCAUCCCUGCGGCUUUAGAUGUAUGGCUUCAAGGCAGGCCCAUGGCGGCCAUUAUGCUUCCAAUUGCGCAGGCGGCGCCUAUCGCGUUUUUGGACGCCGCUGUGUAUGCAGAGAUUAAAGAUGGUGGUCACCCCUACGUAACUGGUUUAGCCAUCGCCGGCGGUAUCUUCUACUUAGGCCCCGAAGGUGCCAUCCUAGGUCCACUCCUUCUCUGCUGUCUCAUGGUUGUUCUCAAUCUUUCCUCCUCCUUCCUUAGAGAUACCCCAGCAGAAGAGAGAGCGGCCUUGCACUCCCGCGUCAGCUCAUUAUUGGGAUGUUUUGAUUGAGGUGUGUAUUUUUCUGCGCUUUUGCAUGGUUAUUAUAUUACGUAAUUAUUAUUAGUAUUGGAUAAUUUUAAUUCCGCAUGAAAUUUAUGCAGUCUUAAUGAAGAUUUAUAUUUUCAGAUAUGGCGCUUAUCUAUAAGAUUGCAUGGACUAACAAAUAGGCGUCAAAUUGUGGGAUUAAUUUAUUGAUAUUUGCCGCAAAUACCCUGUUUAAUUUUUUAUUCUAUAUAUAGUCCGAGAACGUGUGGUCUCUACAUUUAAAAUUAGGCAAUUAAAUUAAAGGUAAUAGUGUUGCAAUACUUCCUCAAAUCUCCCCUAUACGUGGCAAAAUCUCAAUUAGGAUCAGCCUUGGGGCUUUGUUUGCUACAUUGACUAUAUAUUACAGGGUCGCGUUUCUUCGUAUUUGUUAAUGUUUCUUAAAAUGAACAAACAGGGUUUUUGCUAAAAAAAAUAUAAUAUUUAUUUUGUAAUGAAAUUAUAACGCUUCUAUACGUGAAACCUUAUUGAGCCUUCAACAACUGUCAAAUCAUAUUUUCUAUUUGAACUUUGACAUAUUCGACAACGGAAAUUGUGGUUUGAUAUACCUAUGGGAUAACUACCUAAAAAGUUUUAUGAGGAACUUUUUAGAGCGUUAAGAAGCUAAAAUGAUCUUUUAGGAAGGAACCGAACUACCAUAUCGACUUCUAAGAGAAUUAAAGCUAUUUAUUCUAUAACUGAUAUUAAUUACUAGUCAAGCACAAUCCUACUAAAUUGAUUUCUCAUUUUUAUUUUAUGUAUAUAUGUAGUUAUUUCCUGAUACAUAUUAAAUACUUUUCCCUUCAUAAACAGGCUUAGGCAGUGAAUCAGUGUAAACCUCAAUGCAACUGGAUUCGAUUUCGAAAAAGUUGUUUACCAAAUUUAAAUAAUGCUUUUUAUUAUUAAGUCGCUUAUGUCGAUGGUGAAAAUCGACUAAGCGAAGUCAAUGAUUAUCUGUGUUCAUGGCGCGAGUUGAACAGUCUCUGUGACACAUUGUAUUGCAAGUUAUUUGAGGGGAAGUAUCAUACAGGCCAACAUAAUCAGACAGACAAAAACAAAAUAAUAAUGGGAAUAUUUUAGACAAUCUAGAUUCGUCUUAUAGCUAAUUUGUUUUACUAGUGCUGUGUAACAGUAUUAACAUACGAAAAGCUUACUCUUGUAAGAAAAACCAAAUAUUAACAUUUUUAGUAAUAAUUGAUGGUAAUUAUAAUAUAUAAUGAAAAUGCUUAAUCGUUAGUAUAUUUAAAUAAUUGUCGUGUUUAUAACAUUAUUGUAACAAGUGAUAUUAAGAUCUAGAUAAGGCUUAGCCAUGUAUUAAAAGUUUUAGUCCAAUGUUUUACACUAUUUAACACCUUCACUGUCUUAUUAUUGCGCUUUGUUUUUUAUAAAACUAUUCAAUCGUACUCGACAUAUUAAAUAAUCUCGAUAUCUUUACUAUCCAAUAUAUUUGUGAUUGGUUCUGUAUUGAAAUGAUUAUGUUGAACAACUAGGAGUACGGCUGACUAUCUUUUCGCGACACAAGAUGGCGUUACAACUUGUUUUUUAUAAAAAUAGCAGCUAAAAUUUAAUGUCUCGGUUUUUAUAGUUAUCGCUAUUUAUGUGUUAUUAAAUAGCUGUUAGCUUUGUUCUAAUUCUUUAUUUCAGAUAUGUUAGCGCCAAUUCUACACUAUAUUAUUUGCCUGUAGGUAAGGGCCCUUGAGAUUUUUUAUGUAGGUUAUGAUUAUUACUGUAAUAUGUAUGUAUAUUCAUAUAAUAUACUCAACAAUUUCCUCUUACUUCCACUAUGUCAAUAUUAUUACGAAUGCGAAGACAAAAUAAACUUUGUAUUCUUAUUAUUAAACAAAUUAAUAUAUUAAAAUAAUUGUAAAAUAAAUGUAUUACAUCAACGUAUUGAGAAUGUGACUAUCCAACUCCAACCUAUACCACAGAUAAUAAAAGUGACUUCGCGCGGUGUCAAUUAAAAAAAUCUUUAUCUAUGGUUCAUUCUCUGGUAUCAUUCUCUAUGGUUUAUUUAUACCUAUAAAGUAAAUGUAUAUAUUACGAGUAUUAUGCAAUAUAAGUUUAAUGCCGAAGUAUAGUCUAUUUACUUUAUUAUUUGUGUAAUUGAUAUCUUAAUACGUUGAUUUAAUAUGAUAUAGAUGUAUACAAAAUCAUUAAGCCCUUACCAGUUCAAGAAAAAGUCGUCCAACGUUUACGUUAAGAUUAUAUUGCGAAUAAGUUUGUAUUAAGCACGCGUAAUCAGCAAUAUAUUGUUUUGCUUUA